AGCAACCUCCAGAAUCCAACCACUGGACGCCGGAAUCAUAAUGAGCUUCAAGAGACACUACCGUUAUCUUCAUAUUCGCAUGUAGAAAAGGGUGAACGUGCUGAUGGACUAAAAAUAGACGUAUUGCAAGCUAUACGUUUCAUCAUUCAAGGCUGGGAUAAAGUCGCUGCUGAAACAAUUCGCAACUGCUGGUGUUAUACAAAUAUCCUCUCUAUUGAUACUAAUACUGAAUUAUAUAGCAUUACAAAUAAUGUUCAUCAGACUAUGGAUCCGGCACUUGAUAAUCUUACUAAUGCACUUGAAGACCUCCAUAUUCACUUUGAUGACCCAAUACCAGUUGAAAAGUUUCUUUCUAUCCCUGCAGAAGAUGUUGUUUACGAAAUUCCCGCGAAUGACCAACAUCGAAACGGCGAUUACAAGCUUGAAGACUGUGUCUAUGUUUUUGUUUCAACAAGAUGA